CGUCGGGUACACACGUCCUACUGAGGCUCUUCUCUCGCCCGUGUGCCCCUCGGUCUUUAUACAUUUUCGUCCACUUUUUUUUCAUUCUUCAUCUCGUCUAAUCUAAUUAUUUUUUUUUGCUUCAUUCACUUUUAGUUCGUGUAUUAUAAUUAUAUUCGCCAAGAAACCGCAGAUGUGUGAUAUAAUUCGAAUUAAAUGCAUAUAUAACCCGUACCGUUGAUCAUUUUAUGCAAUUGUGUUAAACUAUCGGGAUAAAAGUGAAGGUUGACUGAUGUGGAGAAUUAACUUCCUUCAUUUAACACUCUGAUGAAAAAUACACGAGGGUUAAAACAGUUCUAAGACCGAAGAAAAACAAUAAUAAACCCCCCAAACCCCCCACGAAGCUCUGAGGAAAUUAAAAAAAAACCCACCAAGAUGUUAAACCUCUGAUGGGUGUUAUUGGUAUAAUUUAACCAAUCACAUUCCUUCUCAGACGUUCAACGAGAGGCUGUAGAGUAACAAGAAUUCUACUUUGAAACUCAGAGCAUUAAGAAGACACAUGAGGGCCGACUCUAAAGCCACGAGAGAGAAAGAGACAGAGACAGAGAGAGAACUAGAUAGUCAGUCUCCAUUAACAACGAGAACAACCACACCAGCAACAUUUAUCUCUCUGAAGUCUCUCGUGGUCAGUGAUCGCUUGAGUGCUACUUAUUACCUCUUCACUCGUCGAUAGUGAUCGCUUCAGUGCCACUUAUUGCUUCACACGUCGACAGUAACCACUCAAGUGCCACUUAUUACUUCCUCACUCAAGUGUCACUUAAUUCCUCCUCACACAGCGUCAGUGAUCACUUGACGUGCCACCUGUCAGCUACUCAGGGGUGCCAGGGAGUGGACGCUGACACCAUGGACACCAGUGCCUCCCUACAGUGCCUUCUGGUUAUCUUUCUCCUGAGCGCCACCACACACGCCCAGAGAGAGUGUGGCAUCAGCAGGUUCAAUAGACACAGACAACCUCGAUGGCCGGGUGAUGACGCUACUAUCUACAGUGAAGGUGACGAGCUUGUCCUUCACGACCUAGUGGAGGACAGCCAACCAUACUUCGGGGACGUAACAGACAGCAGCCAACCUGACGAAGGAGACUCAGAGAGAAACACGACAGAACGUUCACGGACCAACAACCGCAUGAUGGUGUUCGAGGACAGGUCGACAGGUCGUAUUGUGGGCGGGAGGGAGAGCAAGCAAGGAGCCUGGCCCUGGCAGGUGUCGCUACAGCUGGUACACCCUCGCUGGGGGAGGAUCGGACACUGGUGUGGAGGCGUCCUUAUUGACCAGCGCUGGGUCGUCACUGCCGCCCACUGCAUCAACAACCCGUUGUUCUCGCUGCCAUACGGGCCACUGUGGACCGCCCUGGUUGGGGAUUGGAAGCUCAGUGAGAAGGAGGAGAAGAAUGAUGCCAUACAGCUCAAGGUGGAAAGAGUCGUCGUCCAUGAACGGUUCAAGAAGUUCAACAAUGACAUAGCACUGCUCAAGCUGCCGCAGUUGUCAAACAUGGCCUCCCUCGCCCUCACGCCCAUCUGCCUGCCAGACACCGUUGAGCUACGAACCUUCUCCUUUGAGGGACUCAGAUGUUAUGCCACAGGCUGGGGGAGGAAACACACUGAGGGAACCCUCCAUGGCCAUCUCCAGGAGAUCAAGGUGCCCGUAUUACCACCAAGCAAGUGUGCUCACGCCUACAACACUUCCCAGUUUGGCUUUGUAAAGCUGAGUGAUUCUCACCUGUGUGCGGGGGUGCUGGACGGGUCAACAGGGACCUGUGUCGGUGACUCAGGAGGCCCACUUCAGUGUAAUAUGAGGGACGGCCGCUGGUACCUGGCGGGUGUCACCUCCUUCGGCUCCGGGUGCGCUAAGCCAGGUUUCCCAGAUGUCUACACCCGCAUCACUUACUACCUCCCCUGGAUCAAGCAACAGAUGAGGAUAUUUAGAUGAUCCACGUUUCAUACUAGAAGAAAUACUAGUUCUAGAUGAGGCACUAGAGCCUUGGGAGGAGGAGGAGGAGGAGUGUACUGAAGAAACCUUUUAGUGUCUUCAGAAAACAAAUAUUAUGGAUCUCAUUAUUUUUGGCUCUCACUGUUCAGUAUAGUACACUGAGUCAUGACAACAGAGGAGUAUAUAGAGUUGAUGUAACCUCUAACAUAGAUCAAAUACUUCAGAUAAUAUUUCUUAUUUUUUCUAAACAUUUGUAAACAUUGUCAAGACCUUAUUGGUGGUUAACUUUAAAGUAUCAUGAGGGUCAAAUGUUAUGGGUCUCUUAUGUUGGAUGACUUGACUACUCCUCGUGUGUCAGGCAGGAGUCUCACUUAUAGAUAGUCUACAGCACUAUCACCAUAACUCAGUACAGGUGUGCGUCAUCACCUAUCUGUAGAGUAGUUAGUAAGUGUGGAGCAGGAGUCUAGUACUGUAGUCUUGACUGUAGGUGAUGAUGUAUAUGUUACUACAGUCUACAGUUGUGUGUCUUGCUGUGUUAUUAUGUCACCGCGUUGUUAUGAUAUCAUUAAGUUGUGCUAUUAUUCCUCUUAGUUAUUGUCUUUAUGUUCUUGUGUAGUUGUUAUGAUUCAUUUCGUUUAGAUUUAAUAAUCAGAGAACUAGUAACAAUGUCAUUAAGGAACCAAUAACUUGUUUAACUGCUAAAGAUAGCAUAAUGAUUCUAUUAAAGCAAGGUGCGAUGAUUCAGACUAAAAGAUUCGGGAUACUAUGAUUCGUCACUAGUCACGCCCAUAGGAUGUGAAUCCUUGGUGAAAUGUUGAUCUCCGCGGCAAAAGGACCACAUGGCCGUGCUUGUCUCCUCUCCAGAUUAAUGUACAAAAUAUUCAGUAAUAGCUUAGCAAAUAUGACACGAACUAUUGGUGUUCACUUCUGUGAGGAUGUACUGUAUGUAUACAUCUGGAAUAUGGAAGCUGGGGAUGUGGCAACAUAAAUUCGUCCAUCUCCUCACAACACACUGGUCGUGAUGUGUCACUUCUGUCUUCGUAAGAAUUACUGCAGCACUUUAACGUUCUCACGUCUUAACUCACAGAGUUUUUUACCAUAAACAAUAAACAAAAAUAAAUAACUAAAGUAGUCCGGAACUUUGACGUGAGAGAACCACUGGCUCUGUUAGCAUCUUUUGGAUAUAGAGAACCUUAAUCCGGAGUCAUAACCUAGCACAUUAACAGGCUCUGGCGGAGUCCACUUCGUGAGGGAGCCUUGAGGGGCCAGUGACCAAAUUUUUGUAAGCGACACACAAUAAUGACGGUCUGUCUUCGCUUGAGGAGAGAUAUAAUGUUUCUCUACAUUAGCCUCGCUACUUCAUAUGAAUGAGAUAACUUGUCCAAUAAAUUUUUUGCGGAUUAAGGGGCUUCUACAGAAAGCUCUGAGCCAUGGGUGUUAAUCCUAAGUCACAUUAGUUCCUUCUGUACAAAAAAUAAGAAUAGUGUAAUAGGUUUUAGAUACGGUAUGAUGUAUUUUCAGACGCUACCUACAACAUACCUCAUUAAUGCUUUGAUGGAAGGAUGCAUAACAUUUUAAUUUCACCUUUAGCAUACAGCAUAAUCAUCUCUAUUAUGUUUUAGCUCUCAAACAGUCAUUAUACUAGAGUGAGGUCACCAGUUAGUUAAUUAAUACUAUGACUGUUUUGUCGCUAGUCAGAGAAACCUACUAACACGUAGAUAUUCCCUUUGGAAGUGUAACUAAGCUCCGGCUCUCUCCCGCAUCCAAAGGUCUUCCCAUUUAAUAUAAUCAAACAUGAAAAUAUUUUGCAUUCAUUUUCGCAAUUCACAAGAAAUUAUCCCUUUAG